UUUCCCUUUUUAUUUUAGAUAGCAGAUUUCCCACUUUAAUGAAAUCAUUGAUUUAAAUUUAAAUAUCAUCAUAAUUACCAUAAAACUUGAGUGAAAUGUCAAACUUAUCUUGUUAAACUGUCCACCACACAACCGCCAUCAUUUAAAGCUCUCCAAACGACUAUUAAAUGAUAACUUCCAAAGAAAAUUUGAACCUGUAGCUACUGUAACCAAGAAUUUAAUUGGGUUAUCCUUGCAACGAAGCUGAUAGAUUAGUCUUUUUUCAUUCAUAACUGGUAUUUCCCAGCAGGAUGAGGCACAGUUGCUGCAUUGCCAAGAUAUUUCUUCAUACUUUUUUAUGUUAUAUCUUUCUGAUGUCCAGGAACUCAGCUUCCAGGAAAGUCUCCACUUUUGGGAACGAAUCAGAUCGUUCGGCUUUACUUGAUUUGAAAAGGAGAGUACUCAAUGACCCACUCAAAAUCAUGAGCUCUUGGAAUGAUUCCGUCCAUUUUUGUGACUGGGCUGGUGUUACCUGUAGUCCCACCAUUAGAAAAGUAAUGGUGUUGAACUUGGAAGCUCGACAAUUGACUGGUUCAAUACCAUCUUCUUUAGGAAAUCUUACUCAUCUCACUGAAAUCAGAUUGGGCGACAACAACUUCCUUGGCCCAAUUCCCCAAGAGCUUGGUAAAUUAUUACUUUUACGCCAUCUCAAUUUAUCAUUCAAUGACUUUGAUGGUGAGGUUGCAAGUAAUAUAAGUCAUUGUACCGAGCUUCUUGUUUUGGAGCUGAGUCUUAAUGAGUUUGUUGGUCAGAUUCCACAUCAAUUCUUUACGUUAAGCAAGUUGGAAAGACUUGGGUUUGGCGGUAACAAUCUUGUCGGAACCAUCCCCCCAUGGAUAGGAAAUUUUUCUUCAUUAACUCGUUUGUCAUUUGCACUGAACAAUUUUCAAGGAAGUAUUCCUAGUGAACUAGGACGCUUAUCUAGAUUGAAACUCUUCUCAGUUUAUGGAAACUACUUGACAGGUACAGUGCCGCCAUCGAUCUAUAAUAUAACUUCUCUUACUUACUUUUCUCUUACUCAAAAUCGACUCCUAGGAACUCUACCACCAGAUGUUGGAUUUACUCUCCCCAAUCUUCAGGUCUUCGCUGGUGGUGUCAAUAAUUUUGGAGGGCCUAUUCCGACAUCCUUGGCUAAUAUCUCCGGUCUACAGGUCUUAGAUUUUGCUGAGAACAGUCUCAUUGGAACUCUUCCUCAUGACUUGGGGAAUUUAAAAGAAUUGGUGAGAUUCAAUUUUGAUGAUAACAGACUUGGAAGUGGGAAUGUCGAUGACUUAAAUGUAAUCAGGUCUUUGACUAAUUGUACUAGUCUAAGCGUUUUGGGUCUUUCUGGGAAUCGCUUUGGAGGAACAUUGCCUCUAUCUAUUGGCAACCUUUCAAACCAGCUGACAAUAUUAACCUUGGGUAGAAAUUUGUUAAGUGGAGGCAUUCCUGUAGGGAUUGAUAACUUGAUUAACUUACAAGUUCUUGGAGUAGAAGGUAACAAUCUGAAUGGUAGUGUCCCUUCAAAUAUUGGGAAGCUUCAUAAUUUGGGUUUUCUUAGUGUGCACAAUAACAAGCUAAGUGGGACAAUUCCAUCCUCCAUUGGUAACUUGUCUUUAUUGACCAAGCUUUUCAUGGAGGAUAAUAGACUAGAGGGAAGUAUACCACCAAACUUGGGACAAUGCAAAAGGCUUCAAGUUCUUGACCUAUCUGGUAACAACCUAAGCGGGACCAUACCAAAGGAAGUUCUCAGUCUCUCUUCCCUUUCAAUCUAUUUGGCCUUAAAUCACAACACACUUACUGGACCAUUGCCACGUGAAGUGGGAGAUUUAGUUAGUUUAACACUGUUAGAUGUAUCACAGAAUAAAUUAUCAGGCGGUAUUCCUAGUGACCUUGGUAAAUGCAUUAGCAUGGUACACUUGUAUUUAGGAGGCAACCAAUUUGAAGGAACAAUUCCGAAGUCUUUGAAAGCCUUGAAAGGUCUAGAAGAACUAAAUCUCUCAAGUAACAACUUGUUUGGGCCAAUUCCUCAAUUUCUUGGCAACCUUUUUUCACUCAAGUUUCUUGAUCUAUCCUAUAAUAAUUUCGAGGGAAAAGUGGCCAAAGAAGGAAUUUUUUCCAAUUCAACCAUGUUUUCCAUCCUUGGAAACAACAAUCUAUGUGAUGGUUUGGAGGAAUUACAUCUACCUUCAUGCACAUCUAACAGAACACGUUUGUCCAACAAGCUCCUUACACCGAAAGUGUUAAUUCCGCUAGUAUCUACCCUCACAUUCCUCGUUAUUUUUUUGAGCAUCCUAUCUGUAUGUUUUAUGAUAAAGAAGUCAAGGAAAAAUGUUUUAACUUCAGCUGGCUCUUUGGAUUUAUUGUCACAAAUUUCUUACUUAGAGCUGAAUAGAUGGACAAAUGGAUUUUCUGUAGAAAAUUUGAUUGGUUCAGGUAAUUUCGGUUCAGUGUAUAAAGGUAUUCUUUUGAAUGAUAAAUCAGUUGUUGCUGUUAAGGUUAUUAACCUUCAACAACGUGGUGCUUCCAAGAGCUUUGUUGAUGAAUGCUCAACGCUCACAAACAUACGACAUCGAAAUCUCCUUAAGAUCAUAACUUCAUGCUCAAGUACAGAUGAAAAGGGUAAUGAGUUCAAAGCUAUAGUAUUUGAUUUCAUGUCUAACGGAAACCUGGAUAGUUGGCUCCACCCUACACAUGUCGAGAAGAAUAAAAGAAAAUUGAGCUUUAUCCAAAGAUUGGACAUUGCUAUUGAUGUUGCCAAUGCAUUAGAUUAUCUCCAUAAUCAUUGUGAAACUCCCAUCGUUCAUUGUGAUCUAAAGCCUAGCAAUGUGUUGUUGGAUGAUGAUAUGGUAGGCCAUGUUGGGGACUUCGGAUUAGCUAGAUUCAUCCUUGAAGGAUCUAAUCAUUCUGUUUCUAGACAAACUAUGUCGAUUGCACUUAAAGGUUCUAUUGGAUAUAUUCCUCCAGAGUAUGGAACUGGUGGCAACAUUUCCAUCGAAGGGGAUAUCUUUAGCUAUGGAAUUCUACUAUUGGAGAUGUUCACUGGAAAAAGACCAACCGACAGCUUGUUUUGCGAUGGUGUGGAUAUUCAUCUAUUCACAGCGAAGACAUUGCCUCAUGGUGUCUUGGACAUAGUUGAUCAUUCUUUGCUAUCUGAAGUGACAUGCCAACAGGAAGAAGAUAAUAAAGAAAAAAUACAAACCAUAGCAAUAAUGAGUGAGGAAGAUCAGAGAGAUGAGCAAAAAAGGAUGGAAGAAUACUUUGUCUCAAUAAUGAGAAUCGGCCUGUCAUGCUCCUCAACAACACCUAGAGAGAGGAUGCCCAUGAAUAUAGUUGUUAAAGAGUUGCAAACAAUUAAACGGUCCUACCACAAGUAGAAGAAGGGAAGCAAAUGUUGUCCAACAAAAUUUUCAAGAACUUGCAGGUAUUGCUUAACCAUUUUGGUUACAUCUUGACGCAUCAAGUGCGAAUAAAUCUUGGAGGAAUUAAAGUAAGCGGGUUUGCAGUACAGUCAUUGAGCUCGCGACGCUCUGCUCUCAUUUAGGAGAUGGAGGGUUCCCUUCCCUCCGAAUCCUUGUAGAGCCCAUUAGCAGUGAGGUUUCUGUGCCAAUGCUGUCGCGACGAUCUGCCCUCGUAAGUUUAAGAAUGAGGCUUCGCUCUCGGAGAUGGAGGCUCCCUUCGCUCCAAAUGCUCGCAGAGUCUAUGAUAUCUAUGCACGAUCAUCUUCUCCUUCGCUUCGAAUGCUUGCCUCUGCUUUCUGCCGCUAGGGUUUGUUCGUUGAAUUUGUAAUGGGCGUACUUUUACAGCCUAAUUGCAUUGUUCUAGCAAUAUCUCCUGCCAAUUAAGACGUAGCAACUUCUGAUGCCAUUAAACUUGCAAGGGAAGUGGACCCAUCUGGGGAAAGGACUUAUGGGGUGUUGACGAAGCUUGACUUGACGGACAAAGGAACUCUAAUGCUCUGGAUGUAAGUUGUUAUCCUGUUAUUACUUUUGAGGUCAUGCUAGGAGAAAUCUUAGGUAGCAAAGAUUGAAUUGUUAAUAAGUAAUGUAGAAUGCUCAAAGAUUCGCAGUUGAACUUCACAGUAAUUUUUCGUUACUUAUAAUUCCUACAGUAUCAAUGGAUUUGAUAUAUGCUUUAGUUUAAAGGAGGAAUUGAAACAUAUAGGUUCAUUUCUUAAAAGGUUUUGGAAAGAAGUUCAUUUCAGCUACAACAUCACCGGGUUGGCAUAGUGAACCGAUCUCAAGCUGACAAACAAAAAUGUAGAUAUGAUUAUUGGUAGACGUAAGGGCGUGAGUACUUUGCAACUAGUCCCGACUAUGGACACCUAACCAAUAAAAUGGGUUCAGAAUGUCUGCUAAGCGCUUAUCAAACAGCUCGUAUACCCAGUAACAAAAGCAUCGAUGAACUUGAGUCUGAGAUGGAUCAUCUUGGCAGAUCCAAGGAGCAAUCUGGAAGGGAGGGUAAAGCAUUUUGUAAAUUUUGUUGUUCUCCCUACCCUAUGAUUCUCCUUCUCAAUAUCAUGAAUUGGGUUUUAUUGUUGUGAACAAAUCACAAUAAUUUGUUGAGGUACAUUAUUCCAAUAGGUGACCUGGUGGUGAUCAUAUAUACACGGUUUUCGACCAUCAGCUACAUGCUGCUGUGCUUUGAGGAAGCUUCCUUUUGAUCGCCAUCUUUCCAUGCAAAAUGCAAGGAAAAUUGUUUCAGAGACAGAUGAUUAUCAACCUCACCUGAUCGCCCCAAGGUUCACUUUGUUUUGAAAGAACUGGUGAGGAAGUUUAUUGGAGGAACACAGGAAUAAACAAUUGUUGUAGACUUGAUACACCAACCCUCUGUCUUGUGGGAGUCCCUAGUGUUAAGAAAUCGUCUUUGGUCCGGAUUCUCUCUACUGGGAAGCCUGAGGUGUUCUGUUAAGUUCUAUUUGAAACAUUUUUUAGAGAUUUUGAAAUAAUUAUUAUCACUGUUAAAAACAUGUCUUUUAUCAUUAAAAAACAAUGUAAUUUUUGAGCUUACACUCCAAA